AUGUCAGAUAAAAAUUUAAGAAAAUUAAAAGAUAGAUUAGAAAAGAAAAAGGAAGAAGCAACAAAGGUUAGGGAUAAAUUAAAGAAACAAAUUUUAUUAUUGGAUAAUAUUUUAAAAGAGAAUUUGAAAUAUAUUGAAAAGAAACUUGGUAGUAGUAACACUAGUAAUGUAGUGGAAGUCAAAGAGAAACUUUUAAAUGAAUGUGAAAAAGAAGUCACCAUUGCAAAGAAUAGGAUCCUUCAAAAGGUGAGCUCACUAACAUCAAUAACGAACGAAGCAGACAUUCAAGACGAUGAAAACGAUGAGAAUGGUUUAUCAUCGAUAUACGACUCAUUGCAAAGUAUUUUAGACAUAUCACCCGAAUAUUUAAGUAUCUUUGACCAAGCAAAGAAAUCAAUGGAUCAAAAGAUUGAGAGAAAUCUAAAAGAGUUGAAACGUCAAUCAUUAACCUCCUCUGAGAGUGGUGGGUUGGGUGGCAGUAGUGGUAGCAUUAGAAAUAGUAGUAGUAGUAUAAGUAAUAAUAGUAGUACAAAUGAUGGUGGUGCUGAAAGUAUGUCUGAAAUUACUGAAGAUGAUAAUUCUGAUUUCGAUACAAAUUCUGAUUUUGGUUUUAAUCAAUCUUCACCAUCGACAAAUCAAAAUCAAAAUCAAAAUCAAAAUCAAAAUCAAAAUCAAAAUCAAAAUCAAAAUCAAAAUCAAAAUCAAAAUCAAAAUCAAAAUCAAAAUCAAAAUCAAAAUCACAAUGGAACCACCACCACUACAUAUAAUAAUCAACAUGUAUUAAAUACCCUUUUAAGUAGUUCACUUUUUACAAAUAAUAAUAACCGAAGAAUAAAUUCUUCUGGCGGUAGUGGUGUCGCUAGAAGAAAAGAAAUUCAUUUGGUCAUCACUGAUAAUGAUGAUUCUCAAAGUGUUACAAGUAAUACAAGUAACACAAGUAAUAAUAGUAAUGGUAGUAUAAAUGAAGCAAGUACUUUUAAUACUACUUCAAGUCAAAGUUCAACAUGUACUGUCGUUGAUCAAUCAAUUCAAAAUCAAAAUCAAAAUCAAAAUCAAAAUCAAAAUCAAAAUCAAACUCAAAAUCAAAAUCAAAAUCAAACUCAAACUCAAAAUCAAAAUCAAACUCAAAAUCAAACUCAAAACCAAAACCAAAAUCAAAUUCAAAAUCAAAAUCAAAAUCAAAAUAAUAAUAAUAGUAGUAAUAAUAAUAAUAAUAAUAAUAAUAAUAAUAAUAAUAAUAAUAAUAAUAAUAAUAAUAAUAAUAGAAGCCCAGCAGUAAGAAGGAGUAAUAACAAUAAUACAGCAUCAGAGUCUUCGAUGGCGACAGAACAAGAUGUUGAAAUUGAUUUAGAUCAAAUGGAUUUAGAUCAUGGUAAAAAUAAUAAUAAUAAUAAUAACAAUAAUAAUAAUAAUGGUAAUAAUAAUAAUAGGAGAAACCCGAAUGGUAGAAAUAAUAUAAACCCUUAUAGAAAUUUAAGAGAUGUCGAUAUUGAUAUAGAUAUUGAUAUCGAUAUUGAUGAUAUAGAAGGAAAUGAAAUUAGAUUACAACAAUUACAAAGAGUUAAUAUACCAGAAGAUAUAAUAGAAGAAGAUAUAAUAGAAAAACCAAUGCCAUCAGUUUUAAAUCCCACUGGUGCACAACCGAAUGCAAAUAAUAAUGAUAUUGAUAAUGAGAAUGAAAUUGAUGAAAAUGAAAUUGAAAAUGAAGAAAAUGUAAAUGAAAAUAAUAAUAAUAAUAACAAUAGUAAUAACAAUAAUAAUAAUAGUAAUAAUAAUAAUAACAAUAAUAAUAGUAGUAAUAAUAGUAAUAAUAAUAAUAAUAAUAAUAAUAACAAUAGUAGUAAUAAUAAUAAUUUACCAAAUCAACAAUCAAAUGAUAUUAAUAAUAAUAAUAAUAAUAAUAAUAAUAAUACAGAGAAUGUGGCAUCAUUGCCAUCAAUAAAUAAUACAACAUCAAAUAAUACCAAUAAUAAUAAUAAUAAUAAUAAUAAUAAUAAUAAUAAUAAUAACAAUCCAACAACAACAACAACAUCAACCACGACAACAAUAACUACAUCAUCUAAUAGAGCAAUACUUAAAGAUGAUACUGUAGAUAUAGUUGAUUUAGAUAAUAGUCAAUAUGAAUUAACCAAUACAUUAAAUAAUGGAUCAUGGUUAGUUACAAUUAAUAAUUUUACACAUAAAAGAGAUCAAUUUUAUACAUCAAUCUUUCCAUUGGUUGGUGCAAAUUGGCGUUUAAAAAUCUAUCCAGAUGGAAAAGAUUCCACUGGUAAACUUUCAAUUUUCGUUAGCAAUUGUGAUAUGUUGGAUAACCCUUUCUUGGAGAAAUCCGUUUCCUAUCGUAUUACUCUUGUAAAUCAAAAAAGACAAACUGAAAAUAUUGAAAAAUGUAAUAUAUUCACACACACACACACACACACACACACACACACACACACACACACACACACACACACACACACAACUAUAUUCUUUCAAUCAAAUGAUAUCAUUUUAUAUUAA